UAUAGCGUAAGCCCGGCGCGCGGCAGCGCCAUUGUGUGGCUGGAGUCGGCCGCCGCUCUGCAUCGGGGCGUGUGUCGGCCGCUCUCUGCGUCUACACCCGGUCUGCUGCUCGCGGUCCGCCGAUCGACCGCCCUCCCCAGCCUUCGGGCCCCUGCCCACCACGGCUAUGCCGCGCGUCUACAUAGGACGCCUUAGUUACAGCGUACGAGAAAAGGACAUCCAGCGAUUUUUCAGUGGCUACGGCCGUCUCCUCGAAGUAGACCUCAAAAAUGGGUACGGCUUCGUGGAGUUCGAGGACUCCCGCGACGCCGACGACGCUGUCUACGAGCUGAACGGCAAGGAGCUGUGCGGCGAGCGUGUGAUCGUGGAACACGCCCGCGGCCCGCGCCGGGACCGCGACGGCUACAGCUACGGAAGCCGCAGUGGUGGAGGUGGAUACAGCAGUCGGCGAACUUCAGGAAGAGACAAAUAUGGACCUCCUGUUCGUACAGAGUACAGGCUUAUUGUAGAAAAUCUUUCUAGUCGUUGCAGUUGGCAAGAUUUAAAGGAUUUCAUGAGACAAGCAGGUGAAGUGACCUACGCGGAUGCUCACAAAGAACGUACAAACGAAGGUGUUAUUGAGUUUCGCUCCUACUCCGACAUGAAGCGUGCUUUGGAUAAACUGGACGGUACAGAAAUAAACGGCAGAAAUAUUAGGCUUAUUGAAGAUAAACCACGAACGAGCCACAGGCGGUCUUACUCUGGAAGCAGAUCCAGGUCUCGAUCUCGAAGGCGGUCACGAAGUAGGAGUCGCAGGAGCAGCCGCAGUAGAUCUCGAAGUGUCUCAAAAAGUCGCUCCAGAUCUAGGUCUCGGAGCAAAGGUCGGUCACGUUCUCGAUCAAAAGGCAGGAAAUCCAGAUCAAACAGCAAAUCUAAGCCCAAGUCUGAUCGGGGCUCUCGUUCUCGCUCGCGAAGUAGAUCUAAAGGUGCUUAUGGGAAGUCUCGAAGCAGAUCCCGUUCUCGCUCACGGUCUCCCAAGGAAAAUGGCAAAGGUGAUAUCAAGUCAAAAUCCAGAUCAAGGAGCCAGUCUCGGUCCAAGUCACCCCUCCCUCCUCCAGCCUCCAAGGCUCAUUCCGCCUCCCCUCCACCAAAAAGAGCUGCAUCAAGAUCCCAUUCUCGAUCUCGCUCCAAGUCACGGUCAAGGUCCAGGUCGAGUUCCAGAGAUUAACCCCGAACUCUUCCCUCCUUUGCACACUAUUUACGAACACUUUCCUACUCUCCUAGGCAGUUACUCUCUCUUUGUACUUGGCCUCUUCUACAAGAGAAAUUACCUGAAACUGGUACACCGAGAUUUGAUUUGUGGCCAAAUUUUGAAAAACAUGAGGUUCUAAAGAAAUGGUGGCAUGAAGUGAAACACCCAGUCCCCUCUUUGUAGAAUUAAGAUAACUUUGAUUUUAUAGCUUUGAGCUAAAAUACCUUUUGUAAAGAUUAAGCUCACUUAG